AUGCCACUCUCAGCGUCCAAUGCAACAUCACCCACCAAUGGAGUGCACGAGAAACACCUCGAAGGCCUUUCCAAAAAGAUAUUGUCGACCGACUUGGAAUCGUCGCUACCGCACGAGUUUUACUGCUCGUCGGCAGUUUAUCAGCUCGAGCGACGAGCGAUUUUCUCGAAGCGAUGGUUCCUAGUCUCACACAAGGCUCGCUAUCGAAACGCAGGAGACUACGUCCAGUACGAAAUGGGCGGCUUCAAUUUCGUGGUGGUGAAAAAUAAAGCUGAAACCAUCGUCAGCUUCCACAACAUCUGCAGACACCGCGCCUUUCCAAUCGUGCAGGAGACGAGCGGCACAGCGAGGAUUUUCUCCUGCAAGUAUCACGGCUGGUCGUACGACCUCAACGGGGCCCUGACCAAGGCACCUCGCUUCACCCCUGAGUCGGUGCCCUCGUUCAACCCGUCCGGCAUACGGUUAUUCCCCAUCCAUGUCCACGUGGACGUCAACGGCUUUGUUUACGUCAAUCUGGACGCGAGCCGCGUCCCCGAGAUCUCUUGGGAACAGCAGUAUGGCAGCCUGGACCGGCAGGAGGUGUUGAAAACUUCAGGGGUCGACUGGGACGGCGUCGAGUAUGAUUUCACCUGGAGCAAGGAAGGCGCCUUCAACUGGAAGAUCAUGCAAGACAACUACAACGAGUGCUAUCACUGCCUUACGGCACACCCAGACGUCGCUCGAACCACCGCGCUCGACACAUACUAUGUCAGCCCAGCACCCAACUCGCAUGCGUACAUCAGCCACUUCAGCGAACCCAAAGCAUCCGUCCUCAUAUCUUCGGCUUUCGACAAGACCCGCUUCGCAGGCCGCUCGGCGACACACGUCUUCCCGGCAGGCCACUUCAGCCCGAACCCCGGCACGGGGUUCAUGCACCUGAUGCGCAGCAUCCCCUUGUCCGCCACGAGCACACGACAGGAGUACGACGUGUACCGCCUCAACACGCCGCACGCGACGCCCGAAGCCCACGCGCGCAUGACGUCCUUCUACCGGAAAGUCGUCGACGAGGAUUUCGCGCUCUGCGAGAACGUCCAGAAGAACCUUGCUCGGGGCAUCUUUGAAAGGGGCCCGCUGCACCCGUUCCACGAGGAGGGCGUCUUCGCCUUCCAGACCAUGCUGCUGCGGGUAUUGAGGGACCAUGUCCGCAGCGAGGACGUUGCGGGCCGUGAGAUAUGGCCGGCGAGACCGGGGAACCAAGCAUUUGGGGCCAAUGCGGAGGCAAAAAAAGGCGUUGCAAGCAAUGCUAAUGGCGAGACGAACGGUGCUAGCGCUUGCGAGGUUCUUCUGGCAUGUAACGGGGCUAACAACCGGGACUUGCAGUGGUGA